AGGCUUCGGAAAGAAAGAGGCAGGGGUAGGAGGCAAAGCUGUGGGAACGGAAGCGGAGGGUGAGGGAGGCCGCCAUCUUAGGUAACCGGCGCCUGUAAGAUGGCUGCCUGACCAGGUGUGCACUGAAAGCCUGCUCUGGUUAGUGGGCAUGGAAGAGACUGAGGCCCUAAGAAGGACUUCCUGGCUGACCAGAAAUACUGCUGAAUCUUCCUGCUAAUGGAAUUGGGAAGAGAGGAUGGAGAGAGAAGGAAGGAGGGAAAGACCAGGAAUGGCAGCCCCCAGAAAAGAUGUAAGGUUGAGCACAGGAGCAGGGGUGGUAGAGAGGCCUCAGCACGUGGCUUAGUUCCCAGAGGGCUUAGAGGACUGUGAGUAAUAAGAAAAGUACUGGAGGAAUCAGAAUGGAAUAUCAGCAGGAGAAGUGAGAGGGUAGGAUGUGGCCAGGCAGUAUCAUUUGCCAGUUUGAGGGUCUCUCUGGGGCCUGUGAAAGGUGACUGUGUACUUGAGGAAAUGCUCCACCUUCUCUCCUCAGCCCAGCACUCUGGUUUCCAUCUUUAUAACUCUGGUAAAACUGCACCCUUUCAGAGGCCACUCAUAGCCUCCUCAACAAAGACCUCUGGCCCUUCCCAAGCCCCGUCCUCCUUGACUAUGGAAAAUUUUAUGCUAUUUUCUCAGUCUUUUCCUUUGACCUUCGGUUAUUCUGUUAUAUCCAUGAUCAUCUGUUCUUGGUUCCAUUCAUUCAGUUCUCCAGAUGGACCAGUUCCUUAA